AUGUGUACUUUCAGCUUUGUCCAAUACAAUUUCCAGCCAAGCGAUUUCGCCCGACAAAACGAUAGCGCGUCGCAGGAUGCUUUCCAGGACGAGUUGUCUCAGAGUUCGUUUAGCAACAACGACACGCCGCCCGACCAGUCGGACACCAACAAGAGGCACAAUUGCGAAUUUAUCGGCUGCAAGAGAACGUACAGUACGGUGGGAAACUUGCGAACGCACAUGAAAACCCACAAAGGAGAAUAUCGGUUCAAAUGCAAUAUAACCGAUUGCGGUAAACCGUUCCUGACGUCGUACAGUCUGAAGAUUCACGAACGGGUGCACACCAAGCAAAAGCCAUUCGUUUGCGCCAAAGACGAGUGCCAGAAGGCGUUCAACACCGUGUACAGGCUACGGGCUCACCAACGUUUACACACCGGCGAGACGUUCGACUGCAUGCACACAGGAUGCGGAAAGUGUUUCACCACUUUUAGCGACCUCAAGAAACACUUCAGGACACACACGCAAGAACGUCCGUACAAAUGUGUCGAACAAGGCUGCGGUCGAGCAUUCACGGCUAGUCACCACCUGAAGACUCACAAACGGACGCAUUCGGCCGACAAACUCUACACGUGCGACAGACGUGACUGCAACAAGUCGUUCCCUGGCAAGGCUAGCCUCAAGACGCAUCAGCGACGUCAUGAGAUCUGGGACGAAUCGGAGACGCUGUCGGAUUACGCUGACGAUAUGCUCCAGCAAUUGGACAGCGAAACGACCGACAGCGUGGGACAAGAGUUUUUGAAAUUCGAAAGUCAACUGGUCAUACCGUUGUCGAAAGCCAACAUUCUCGCGCUCAGGCAGCCCGAAGCGGCUGAGGUCGAGGUGGAGGCUUACUUGUCUGGAAGCGCCAUCCGGGCCCUGAUGGAAGGCUCGACGGAAUCGACGGCCACGGUGCAGAAAAUGAUCUUGGCCGAACCGGGCGACGACAUGUCGGCCAAGAUGUCGGUGGACUGUCACAUUGACGUGCAGAAAACGGGACAGGACGCCAACGGGACGAUCAGCUUGUGCGUGAUGGACAACGGCGAGGUGAUGUCCAGCCUGCUCAUGAUGCCGGUCAUCAGCAACGCCAGCUACGAGACGGCGCUCAACGAAGACGACAGCCAGCCACCGGCCAUGUCCAUAGCCACGGAGAGCAUCCAGGAGUUGCAGUUCGCCGAUCCCGUCGUCCGGCAGACUGUGCAUCCCGCGGCCGCCGUCACUGCUACCGCCAUGGAGAUUUCCACGGACAACAACUCGUCCUCGCUGGACACCGCCGGCCUGAUACCGUUCCGGAACAUUUUGGUGUCCCAACCCGACACGGACUUUGCCGUGUGCACGCCCCGGGUGCGAACGUGCGACGACCCCAUCGAAGAACAGCUGGAACAGAUGGUCGAAGAUUUCAACGCGGACAAACUCAUACUGAGCAUGGCCGACGAUUGCGUGGUCGCCGGUUUCCCGGACAGUUCGGUCGCUUCGCUGGUGGUCAGCCCCCAGCUGGACGUGUUCGAGCCCACGUUUCCCGUGCCGGCGACACCCGCGUCCGCCGACGACACUGUUCCGGCGGAACCUUGCGCCGCCGACGACCACGCCGCGGCGUCCUCCUGUUCGAUGACCGUAGCGAGCAACACGCGCAAGCAACUCAGGAAAGUGCUCGAGCACAGGCGUCCGGCCGGCAUAACUCAACAUUAAAAAAAACAACAAUACAAUAUACAGGGUGUUUCAAAAAGAAUGGUGGGCUUUCAAACGGCUGUAGGUUGUGAAGUAUUGGACCUACAGCGCUCUGGUAGGGCUUGAAUGAAACAGAGAGUUGUCAAGUUUCGAAUUACUGUCAUUAAAUGUCUGUCCACGUUCGUGUCGCCAGCCUUUAUUGUUCAGUUUGUUUGGAUGGUGUUUGCACAACAGAAGUGAUCGAGUUCACGAAGUGUAAUUCAGUUACUUCUGUGAAACAUCUAGUGGCAGAAACAUCUAGUGACAGUCAUUCAAAACUUGACAACUCCCUCUUUCAUUCAAGCCCUACCAGACCGUUGUAGGUCCAAUACUUCACAACGUGCAGCCGUUUGAAACCCCACCAUUCUUUUUGAGACACCCUCUAUAUAUUUUUUUUUACUUUUAAGGUCAUAAAUUACUUUUUUUUAAUUUUAUUACUUAAACACAUAUCACUAACUCAGAAACUAGGUCGAAUUACUUGGUGUUUAUUUACAUUCUUAUUUUGCCGGUUAAAGACUCGGUGACUGUCUCGAUCAUUUUUCAUGUUUUCACACCGUCAGAUUUUGUUUUUUUUUCACAAAACAAGUUUAUCCGUUCGCCGAUUUAAUCCUAUCCUUUUAUAUAAUACUUUUUUUCUAAUCUAAAUUCUAAUCGUGUCGGUCACUGUGGCAGCGUUGGCCAAAAAUCCACAGUAAAACCCUACCACGAGACACAGCACAUAAUAUAAAUAAAAAAAAAAACCUACUAUUCUAAGUUUUCGAAAUUGGAACAAGCGCAAGUUAACGGGCCGCUGACACGGUUAGCUGGAUGUCGUCCAAAACCACUAUAGCUAAAAAAAAAAAUAAAGAAAUAAAUCACACACACACACACACACUGUGAUGUCUUAUACGGUUGUCUGAUCAUGAAUAAUUUCCGCAUAGAUGUCGUUAUCGAUUGUCUCGAGGUUGAACUUAAGUUAGUCGCGAAAACAUAUAAAAAAAAAAAAAACGAGGUGAUAUUUUUAUGGUGAUAAUUAUUAUUAUUAUUAUUAUUUACUUAUAUUCCAUAGUAUGUAUAUUUUAUAUAUACCUAAUGUUGUUGUGCAAUGUUCUUUUGGCAGAAAAGCGGGUUUCGGUAUUUUUAAAACCAAAAUAUAUGUUUAACAUUUACUCUGCCAUAAUAAUAUAUAUUAUAGCGAAUAACGUUUUUUUAUUUUCGUUUAUAAUUAUUAUAAUAUUAUAUUAUAUUAACAGUUGUGAGAAUAUUUUAUUAUUAUUUUUUUUUUUUUUGGAAAUGACGUU